GUCGAUACGUGGCCGCCGCCUGUCCCCGCCGAGGAGGCGCAGCAGCCGGAGAUGGCGGCGGUGCUGAACGCAGAGCGACUCGAGGUCUCGGUCGACGGCCUCACGCUGAGCCCGGACCCGGAGGAGCGGCCCGGCGCGGAGGGCGCCCCGUUGCUGCCGCCGCCGCUGCCGCCGCCGUCUCCCCCCGGGGCGGGCCGGGGGCCGGGCGCCGCAGGGCAGCAGCCGGAGCCCGGGGAGGCGGCGGCCGGGGGCGCGGCGGAGGAGGCGCGGCGGCUGGAGCAGCGCUGGGGCUUCGGCCUGGAGGAGCUGUACGGCCUGGCGCUGCGCUUCUUCAAAGAAAAAGAUGGCAAAGCCUUUCAUCCAACUUAUGAAGAAAAACUGAAGCUGGUGGCACUGCAUAAGCAGGUUCUUAUGGGCCCAUAUAAUCCAGACACUUGUCCUGAGGUUGGAUUCUUUGAUGUGUUGGGGAAUGACAGGAGGAGAGAAUGGGCAGCCCUGGGAAACACGACCAAAGAGGACGCCAUGGUGGAGUUUGUGAAGCUCCUCAACAGGUGUUGCCGUCUCUUUGCCACGUAUGUCGCUUCCCACAAGAUCGAGAAGGAGGAGCAAGAAAAGAAAAGGAAGGAGGAGGAGGAGCGCAGGCGGCGUGAGGAAGAAGAGCGAGAGCGAGUGCAGAGGGAGGAGGAGAAGCGCAGGAGAGAGGAGGAGGAGCGGCUACGGCGGGAGGAGGAGGAGCGGCGGCGGCUGGAGGAGGAGCGGCUGCGGCUGGAGCAGCAGAAGCAGCAGAUCAUGGCGGCGCUGAACUCGCAGACGGCCGUGCAGUUCCAGCAGUACGCGGCGCAGCAGUACCCGGGCAGCUCGGAGCAGCAGCAGCGCCUGGUCCGCCAGCUGCAGGAGCAGCACUACCAGCAGUACAUGCAGCAGCUGUACCAGGUGCAGCUCGCCCAGCAGCAGGCGGCGCUCCAGAAGCAGCAGGAAGUAGCAGUUGGGGGGGCUGCUUUGCCUGCAUCAUCGAAGGUGAACGCAGCUGUGCCGGGUGAUAGGACGUCAGUUAACGGACAGGCCAAAACCCACACGGACAACUCUGAGAAAGACCUCGAACCCGAAGCCGCAGAAGAAGCCGUGGAGAAUGGACCAAAAGAAUCUCUUCCAGUAAUAGCAGCUCCGUCCAUGUGGACACGACCCCAGAUCAAAGACUUUAAGGAGAAGAUCCGGCAGGACGCAGACUCCGUGAUUACAGUGGGCCGAGGAGAAGUGGUCACCGUGCGAGUCCCCACCCACGAAGAGGGAUCGUAUCUCUUUUGGGAAUUUGCGACAGACAAUUAUGACAUUGGAUUUGGGGUGUACUUUGAAUGGACAGACUCUCCAAACACUGCUGUCAGCGUGCACGUCAGCGAGUCCAGUGAUGAUGACGAGGAGGAGGAAGAGAACGUCAGUAGCGAAGAGAAAGCCAAAAAGAACGCCGCCAAGCCUCUGCUGGACGAGAUCGUGCCUGUGUACCGGCGGGACUGUCACGAGGAGGUGUACGCCGGCAGCCACCAGUACCCAGGGAGGGGCGUCUACCUCCUCAAGUUCGACAACUCCUACUCUUUGUGGAGGUCAAAGUCAGUCUACUACAGAGUCUAUUAUACCAGAUAAAGACGUGGCCGAGGCUGGCGUGCAGGGUUGGGCAGGAGACGGCAUUUAGUUCUGAGUUUCUUUUGACUUUUGUGGAGCGUUGCGGUCAGUGUUUCCCCUUUUGAUUUUGGUCUGAUGGCUCAUGAACUCUCGUUGGGACUCAGGGGGUCCUUGAGACUCUUUAGCAUUAAUCCUCUGGGCUUAGAGGGAGUCCCUGGGCCCGUCCGGCCCUCGGGUGCUGCCUGGCAGAGUCGCUGGCGGAUGCGGAAGUUAUGGGAGCUGCGUGUUAAAUCUUUAAGGUCUCCGAAAUAAAACCUCCCCACGUUGACCCCAUCUGGCUGCCGGUGAGUCCAUUGCUGCCUCCUUCGUGUGGUUACGGGAGCCCGUAGUCACGGUGACCUCCGAUUGGAAGUCCUUGUGUUCCCAGUCUGCCCGAGGUGCAGCUGACUUCGACGAAGGUCAUCGUUUUGAGAUGAAGGUCAUCGUUUUGAAAACGUACAAACUCCAGACCUCACAGGUUAUAGUAGAAAAGUUGCCUCAGUUCGAUUUUGUUCUGAACGACCCAGAUUGUUUUUGCUUUGAGUACAGCUGUCUAGGUCAGAGCCCUGUUACAGAGAACUACUUCCCCAGAUAAUCUUAAGAACAUUCCAGGCUGAUUGGUAAUUGAACUCUCACAACACCUAGAACAGCUCGGCGGUCCAUGUGGUUAGCAAGCCUCUGCAAGCUCGGGCUCCUUUCUCUUCCUCCGGGACCCCCCUGCCAGUGCCACGGCCAAGUUAAUUCACUCUGCCUCGAUUUGGCUUUAUAGAGUAUCUCCAAUUGAACCUGUUUUCCACACAAGCAUACAGUUAGGGGGUUUUGUCAACUCAAAUUGGCACCUGCUGAACUAAAAUCUAUAAAAUUGCUUCAGUAUAAUUGAGCGUGUGGGGAAUCCCUUUCCACUACAUGGAAAUCACUGCCAGAGACAGCCCAUUGUCUUCUCCUGUGUUCGUGCUUAGGCAUGGACCCUUUGCAGGUCUGGUUUGCACUUGUUCACUGGAGAGAAUUGGAAAAGCAGAUGCCCGAGCUGAGAUCGUUGCACAGCUUUAAUCUGCAUUAUGUCUUUAUAGAUGGGAAGAGGCACGUCUUUGUUUUCCUUACUGAGAACAGAUACGGCCUCAAAUUUGUAGGAGCGAUUGAGUAGCAUAGAGAGAGUCCUGUUUUCAGAAGGGAGCGUGGUAUCCAUAGAACGUGGCAAAGACAGCAAUACGAAAACAGUACUGGAUGUUGUUACUGAAAGACUUAGAAUUUUAAAACUUCAAGUCCUAAAUCACUUCUUGCAGGAGGGUCCCCAUCGAUUCAGCUGCUUCCUGUACAGUUCACAGCACCGAGGGCCCGGUCGUUGUCUGUGCAUUUCUUUCUGGUUUUUAAUACCUGGUUUUGUACGUACCUAACUCUCUCCUCUUUUGGUUAUUCAGGAACUGGAUCGUUUUCUCCUCUGAGUAGAGCGUAAUUUGUGUUCUUUAAUUUGGAUUCACUAGUCGCAGCCCGGAGGCGUCCACGCUGUUCUGUUGCGAACACGUUCAGGCUGCCCAUCCGCACUCAUGUAUAUACGGUAGCGGAGCCGUGGGGUUAGGCCCUUCUUGGCUUUUUUUUUUUAAUGGAAAAUACUGUAUUUAAAAUGUAAAAUAAACUUUUAAAAAGCAGGCACUAAUAUAUAUUUCUUCCAGCCUUUUGAUUACAGUUUUGUUCUUGCAUAUGUUAAGGUGACUUACCUUCUGCAAAAACAUCGUUCUCGGGAACCGCAGGGACCACCUCACAUAGCAGUGGCUCCUGUCGUGCGCUCGCGUCAGAGCAGUUUGGGUUUUAAACUUUUCUAUUGCCUCUGGCUGUUGAUUAGUACAGUACACGUGCGAUUUCAAAAAGAUCUUGAAAAUAAUAUAUUUAAUCAAUUAAAAUGUUUCUCUGUAA